GAUUGAAACAAGAGAAAGGUGAAAGGGAAGAGAGAUGGCGAAUCAGGUCGUCAAAGUGAAGAGAGAAGCGAUUGCGGCAUGCAUGACUUGCCCUCUUUGCAAUAAGCUUCUUAGAGAUGCCACCACCAUAUCUGAAUGUCUUCACACGUUUUGCAGAAAGUGCAUAUAUGAUAAGAUAGAAGAGGAAGAACUGGAAUGCUGUCCGAUAUGCAACAUCGAUUUGGGUUGUGUCCCUCUGGAGAAAUUAAGGCCAGACCAUAAUUUGCAAGAUGUGCGGACCAAAAUCUUCCCUCUUAAAAGAAGAAAAGUUAAGGCACCUGAAGUUGUACCCCCAGUUACAAUCCCAACUAGAAGAAAGGAGAGAUCACUCUCUUCGUUGGUGGUUAAUGCCCCCAAAGUAUCAUCACAAACUACCAUGACUGGGAGGAGAACAAAAGCUUUUACCAGAAAGGCUGGUGCUUUGCGACAUUCCAGUUUUCCAAUAGAGAAGCCUGUUAAAGGAGAUGAAGACUUUAUGGAGGAUCACCAGGAGAUUGCAAGCUCACCUGAAACACUAAAUAAAUUCACUCAGAAUAAAAGACAGUGUACUUCUUCCGCCGAACAUAUCCAAAACAUGAAUAAAGAAGCAGAGAAUGGUGGCAAAGCAUGGGAUGGGAAAUUGGACCUUUGGAAACCUUUGAAUUGUUUAGUGGAGGUUGCAAAUAGGACCAAGUCCUUCAAGUCCAAUUCUCAAGGCUCUGAUUCUAAGUUAGAACCUUCCUGUGUGCCCACCAUUGAAGCUCAUACGUGCAAAAGCAAACAUAGAGAAUAUAAAUGCAAAACAAAACUUGAGGAUGAAAGGACUAGUGCUGGUCCUGCAACUUCAGAAACUGUAACACCUAAAAAGCUGCGCAGAGUCAGUCGAAAAAGGGCUUCUGGUUUUGGGGAUUCUGGCAUCUCCCCGCAGGCAGUGCUAGAUGCUGCUGGUCCAAAGCAUGAAAGAAGAAUUGGUCCUGUUUGGUUCUCAUUAGUGGCCUCUGAAAAUCAGGAAGGAGAUGCUCCCCUCCCUCAAAUUUCUGCAAAUUACCUGAGGAUAAAGGAUGGAAAUAUACCUGUUUCUUUUAUUCAAAAAUAUCUGAAGAAGAAACUGAACCUCACUGAUGAAGCUGAGGUUGAGAUAAAAUGUAUGGGGCAGCCUGUAGUUCCAACAUUGCAGUUGUAUAAUUUAGUUGAUUUGUGGCUACAAACAGCAGCAACAUCACAGCAAGUACCGGCCACCAUUGGUUCAUCCGCCAAGGAAUUCGUCAUGGUGUUGGCCUAUGCACGAAAAGCCCCAGAUGAGUAAUAAUGCUUUCUUUGUUUCAUUCUUUUCCCCACCACAAUCAAUAAUCUCUCUCUCUAUAUAUAAAAUAUAUUGGAAUUUCAUUGGUGAUAGAGUAGGACAUUUUGAUCCUCCGGCAUGUAUUUUCUUCUACAUAAACAUAUGUAUUUAGUGAGAUUGGUUCUUCUACAAUAUAGUUUCUUAGAGCACCGUAUGUGGCUAAGUAAUGGGAUUUGCUAUGUUAAAACAUCAUUGUCAUCCAACAUGAAACCCAUUAGUGUUACAA